GACGUGGUAUACUUGGACAGAGGGGUGGCUGUGGACGUGGUAUACUUGGACAGAGGGGUGGCGGUGGACCUGGUAUACUUGGACAGAGGGGUGGUGAUGGACGUGGUAUACUUGGACAGAGGGGUGGCUGUGGACGUGGUAUACUUGGACAGAGGGGUAGCGGUGGACCUGGUAUACUUGGACAGAGGGGUGGCUGUGGACGUGGUAUACUUGGACAGAGGGGUGGCGGUGGACGUGGUAGACUUGGACAGAGGGGUAGCGGUGGACGUGGUAUACUUGGACAGAGGGGUGGCUAAUGAUUCAUACUCUGAAUGGUCUGGGGGUGUCAGU